GGGGAGGCGGGUCCAGGCGCGGGCUCGCGCGCCCGGGCGGGUCCUCGCGGGGGCGGAGUCUGCGCUCCGGUUCGGGCUGCGGCUGCGGCUGCGGCUGCGGCUGCUGCUGUUACACUUCUAGCUUGAGGGAAAGAGGCCGAGGCCUGGGCCAAGCCCGGAGCCGCCGCUCGCCGGAGCCUCCUGGAGCCUCCGCGCCGGCUCAGCCUGGGGGCGGGCUCCGGUCCAGCCCGCCGCCGCACCCAGGACGGAGGCUGCAUGCCCGAGGACCAGGCCGGCGCAGCCAUGGAGGAGGCAUCUCCCUAUUCCUUACUUGAUAUCUGCUUGAAUUUCUUGACUACUCACCUUGAGAAGUUCUGUUCAGCCAGACAAGAUGGAACACUGUGUCUGCAGGAACCUGGAGUAUUCCCACAGGAGGUGGCUGAUCGACUGCUUCGGACCAUGGCUUUUCAUGGUCUACUGAAUGAUGGAACUGUGGGUAUUUUUAGGGGCAACCAGAUGCGCUUAAAGCGAGCGUGCAUUCGCAAAGCAAAGAUCUCUGCUGUUGCUUUCCGGAAAGCUUUCUGCCACCACAAGUUAGUGGAACUUGAUGCCACAGGUGUGAAUGCUGAUAUCACGAUUACAGACAUUAUCAGUGGGCUUGGCAGUAACAAAUGGAUCCAGCAGAAUCUCCAGUGCCUGGUGCUGAAUUCAUUAACUCUCUCCCUCGAGGAUCCUUACGAGCGCUGCUUCAGCCGGCUUUCUGGCCUUCGAGCUUUAAGCAUCACGAAUGUUCUCUUUUACAAUGAAGACCUGGCUGAAGUUGCCUCAUUGCCAAGAUUAGAGAGUUUGGAUAUUUCUAACACCUCGAUCACAGACAUCACUGCUCUACUGGCCUGCAAAGACCGACUGAAGUCUCUAACCAUGCACCACUUGAAAUGUUUAAAAAUGACAACUACCCAGAUACUGGAUGUAGUUCGGGAACUCAGACAUCUGAAUCAUCUUGAUAUCUCAGAUGAUAAACAGUUUACAUCAGACAUAGCUCUUCGCUUACUAGAACAAAAAGACAUCCUACCUAACCUUGUUUCUCUGGAUGUUUCUGGGAGAAAGCACGUGACAGAUAAAGCUGUUGAAGCCUUUAUACAACAACGUCCAAGCAUGCAAUUUGUAGGUUUGCUGGCUACUGAUGCUGGUUACUCUGAAUUCCUCACAGGCGAAGGACAUUUGAAGGUGUCUGGAGAAGCCAAUGAAACUCAGAUUGCAGAAGCACUGAAGCGUUACAGUGAACGGGCAUUCUUUGUUCGGGAAGCUCUAUUUCAUCUUUUUAGUCUGACUCAUGUGAUGGAAAAAACAAAGCCAGAAAUUUUAAAGCUUGUGGUUACUGGGAUGAGAAACCACCCUAUGAAUUUGCCAGUGCAACUGGCUGCAAGCGCCUGUGUAUUUAACUUAACCAAGCAGGAUCUUGCUGCAGGAAUGCCUGUCCGACUUCUGGCUGAUGUGACCCAUUUGCUGCUCAAAGCCAUGGAACAUUUUCCCAAUCACCAGCAGUUACAGAAGAAUUGCCUCCUUUCACUUUGCAGUGACCGGAUCCUUCAAGAUGUUCCAUUUAACAGGUUUGAAGCAGCCAAGCUUGUCAUGCAGUGGCUCUGCAACCAUGAGGAUCAAAACAUGCAAAGGAUGGCAGUUGCCAUCAUUUCCAUCCUGGCCGCCAAGCUUUCUACAGAACAAACUGCACAGCUUGGUACUGAGCUCUUCAUUGUCAGGCAACUUCUUCAAAUAGUGAAGCAGAAAACCAAUCAAAAUUCAGUGGACACUACGUUGAAAUUUACUUUGAGUGCACUUUGGAACCUCACAGAUGAAUCCCCAACCACUUGUAGACACUUUAUUGAAAACCAAGGGUUAGAACUCUUCAUGAGGGUUCUAGAGUCUUUCCCAACUGAGUCAUCCAUUCAGCAGAAAGUUCUAGGACUUUUGAACAAUAUAGCUGAAGUACAAGAAUUGCAUUCUGAAUUAAUGUGGAAAGACUUUAUAGACCACAUCAGUAGUCUUCUACACAGUGUGGAAGUGGAAGUCAGUUACUUUGCAGCUGGAAUUAUUGCCCAUUUAAUAUCCAGAGGUGAACAAGCUUGGACAUUGAGUCGUAGCCAGAGGAAUUCUCUGCUGGAUGAUUUGCAUUCAGCUAUUUUGAAAUGGCCAACUCCAGAGUGUGAGAUGGUAGCAUACAGGUCCUUUAAUCCAUUUUUCCCAUUACUUGGCUGUUUCACAACACCAGGAGUCCAGCUAUGGGCAGUUUGGGCCAUGCAACAUGUCUGCAGCAAGAAUCCUUCAAGGUAUUGCAGCAUGCUGAUUGAAGAAGGAGGAUUGCAGCAUUUAUACAACAUCAAAGAUCAUGAACAUACUGAUCCUCAUGUCCAACAGAUUGCUGUGGCCAUUCUGGAUAGCUUAGAAAAACACAUUGUGCGCCAUGGGAGGCCACCUCCCUGUAAAAAACAGCCCCAAGCCAGACUAAAUUGAUAGCCAUAAGUAUUGGAUAAUUGAAUCACAGGAAUCCUUUUUGUGAUUGGUCCAUUUGGAAUAUCUUACCCUCCCUGAUGUUUUGGGGGUUUCUAUGACAAGAGUCAUAAUAUCAGUUUGGGAUUGAUACCGUAUAGUACUGCCCAUGUGAACAGUCUCUAAUUUGUCUUGUGAUUUUAACUUAUUAGUCAAGAAGGGUCUCUUCCUUUAUCAUUGCCUUUUAGGAAAUUUUCCACAUCUUUCGGUGUUUGAACUUACUUGUGCUUGAGAUUCUACAGUUUUAUGGUAAAGUUUGCACGAACCCUUAGGCCAGACUUUUCUGAUCUCAGAGUCCCUUCCAGUCAAUUUGCAGCUUCACAUAAGCUGUUGACCUGAUUUCUGACACUGCUUCCAUUGUAAAUUUUAUACUGCUUCUAUAUAAAAUGCCUUUCUUCUCUAUCUGUGUAUCUUUUAUAAGAUGUCCUUCUUAGUGUGAAAGAAGGGAAAUGUGGAUCAUCUUGUGGAAGCUAAUCACUGGCAGGAGCCUGGAUGGCUGGCAGAAAGAUGUAUGAGAAAGAAAAAUUAUGAAGGGAGAACAGAGUGUAGGAACUGGGAAUUGCUUUCAUGGUAUAGGUUUUAAAAUGAGACAGGCUACCCUUCGGGAGCCCACCUCUCUUGAGGCGGUGAGCAGAAGCUUGUUCUCCAUAUUUAUACCUAGAAGUGUGGACUGCUGCUUCCUGCACAGACUGCUGGUUAUUCUCUAGGAAUAUUUCCCCAAGCACCACAGUAUAAAAUAUUACAGCACUCUGUGUUAAAGACUAACUGUCUACAUCUCCAUAUGUCGUAUUGUUGUGAAAAUGUGAUUUUAAAAAAUUAUCGCCAGUUAAAACUGGCUAUUCUUCUCCUCUAUUUCAAAGUCAUUUUUGUUCAGUGGAAUAGAGACAACAACAUGGUGUUAACCUCUCAGUUAAAAUACAAUUGACACCAGUAAAUUUUGCCAUAAAAAGUUAAAAUCUCUUGUUCAAAAUAUGUGUAUCUUGUUAAUGUGUUCAUGUUAGAGAAAGUGUCCCCAUCUCACUGCCAAAAAUGAAAGAAAAGAAACUCUUUAAAUGAUUAAAUGUAAUGAUUCUACUCGCAGUGCAUAACAGCACAUAUUUUUGACGGAUUAUUUUUUAGACAAUUACCUCUCCUUAAGGUAUCUGAUACAGUAUAAUAAAGAAUCACUGGCCGGGCGCGGUGGCUCAAGCCUGUAAUCCCAGCACUUUGGGAGGCCGAGGCGGGCGGAUCACGAGGUCAGGAGAUCGAGACCAUCCUGGCUAACACGGUGAAACCCCGUCUCUACUAAAAAUACAAAAAAUUAGCCGGGCAUGUUGGCGGGUGCCUGUAGUCGCAGCUACUCGGGAGGCUGAGGCAGGAGAAUGGCAUGAACCCGGGAGGCGGAGCUUGCGGUGAGCCGAGAUUGCGCCACUGCACUCCAGCCUGGGGGACAGAGAAAGACUCCGUCACAAAAAAAAAAAAAAAAAAAAAAAAAAAGAAUCACUUAUAUCAGUAAUAGCACUUGAGAGAUAGCAAGUCACCAAGAAACUUAAUUUUCAUUUAAAAUUUUAUUUUGUGAAUAAGGUCAAUCUACAAUCCCAGAUAACUACAUUUUUUUCAUAGAUGGCCAGUGUUUUCAAUAGAGAUUUAAAAUUAUAGUGAUUACUCAGAAGCAUUUUAAUUGAGAAAGGAGCUAGUUUGUUAGUUCACUGAUGACAUUUUUUGACAAACAUAUUUUAUACCAUUAUCACAAUAAUCAGACUUGAAUUUUUUUGGAGUUCCUUCAUGUGAAUGAAAACUGAGUUAAAAGAAAGUAGGCAUUUAGGUCCGGAUGCAGUGGCUCAUGCUUGUAACCCCAGCACUUUGGGAGGCUGAAGCAGGAGGAUUGCUUGAGCCCAGAAGUUCAAGACCAGCCUGGGCAACAUAGUGAGACUCGACCUCCACCAAAAAAAAAAUUUUUUUUUAAUUAGCUGGGUGUGGUGGUGCCUGGGCAACAGAGCGAGACACUGACUCAAAUAAAUAUCUAAAUAGAUAUUUAGAAUCACUGAAAACCAUAUUAAAUGCUGGGUUAAUGCUGACUUAAUUGGCUUAAGGAAUUUUUAUCAGUGUAAGAUAAAUUUUCACAGACUAAGUUUAUUUCAGACAAAAUAGAGAAUUCUUUUAAAAGUUUUUUUUUUUUCUUUUCUGUAUGUUAAUGUCUAAGACAAAGUUCAGAAAACGAGAUGGCCUGUGGUAGUUUGGAAAUUGCUAGAUAUGUUGACUGUUUCCAGGUCUUUUAUCUAGUGUAGUUAAGGGAAAGCCUAUUUAAGAAGUUUGGCUUCAAGUUUCUGUUUUAUAGUGUUCAAGACAAAAGUGCAUAUUUCGUUACAGGCUAAUGCUAGGUUUUUGUCUUUACAAAUUAUUUUCAGAAAUGGCUAAAAGUGUACAGAAAACAGUAAAUCCCUUCUUUACUCAGAAUAACUUCUUAAUAGAUGAAGCAUCCAAAAUAUUUAAAAGCAAGGGUGGGCGUAGUGGCUCUUGCCUGUAAUCCAAGCAUUUUGGGAGGCCGAGGCGGGCGGAUCACUUGAGAUCAGGAGUUCGAGACCAGCCUGGCCAACGUGGUGAAACCCUGUCUCUACUAAAAAUACAAAAAUUAGCUGGGCAUGGUGGCUUUUUUGCACGCCUAUAGUCCCAGCUACUUGGGAGGCUGAGGCAUGAGAAUCACUUGAACCCAGGAGGUGGAGGUUGCAGUGAGCUAAGAUCGUGCCACUGCAGUCCACCUGGGCAACGGAGUGAGACUCUUCUGGGAGAAAAAAAAAAUUAAAUUUCCUACUUUUUUUCUUUUUGUAGAGACAGAGUUUCACUCUGUUGCCCAAGCUGGAGUGCAGUGGCACAAUCAUAGCUCACUGCAGCCUCUUGGGCUUACAUGAUCCUACCCCCUCAGCCUCUGGAGUAGCUGGAACUACAGGCUAAAUUUCCUACUUCGUGAACAUCAGUAGUGGCCAGAUACUUCUGAGUCUUAAAAGCAUAAUAAUUUAUUACAUCCCAAAUAUAUAAAAAUUUGAGUGCCUUUGCAGUCAGGAUGGUUCCUAAAAUUGUGUAUAGAAUUAAGGCACAGAAUUGUCUGUAAGGUCCUGAAUCUGGCUAAAAUACAGUGGAUGUAUAUAUUGGAAUUAUGAGGCAUAAGUGGCCAGUAUCUAUAGUUAGAAUCUACAAGGCCUCCCUUUUGCACCUGUAGACUAGAAUGUAACUUUUAUUGGUGACUUUGAGUGUUAUCUCUCAGUGGCUAGAGGUGCUAUUUCAAGCACAAUUUAGACUAGGGUUGAACCACUCAUUGUUCAAAUCAUUGGUGGGCUCCAAUGUAAAAUAUCACUACAUCAGGCCGGGCACGGUGGCUCACGCCUGUAAUCCCAGCACUUUGGGAGGCCGAGGUGGGCGGAUCACAAGGUCAGGAGAUCGAGACCAUCCUGGCUAACACGGUGAAACCCCGUCUCUACUAAAAAUACAGAAAAUUAGCCGGGCGUGGUGGCCGGCGCCUGUAGUCCCAGCUACUCGGAAGGCUGAGGCAGGAGAAUGGCGUGAACCCGAAAGGCGGAGCUUGCAGUGAGCCGAGAUCGCACCACUGCACUCCAGCCUAGGCGACAGAGCGAGACUCCGUCUCAAAAAAAAAAAUAUAUAUAUAUAUAUAUAUCGCUACAUCAGUCCACAAGCAACAGUAAAUCUAAAGGAAAUGGAAUUUGACUUUUUAGAGUAUAAUGGUGUUCUAGGGCAUAAUGAGGAAAAUUUUUAAAAAAUAGAUUAUAAUGAUAAAUAUUGGUAUCAUUGAGUAAAACAUACAGAUUUGAGCAAAUACAAUUAAGGCGUCUUAUUUUUUGCAUCAAGUAAUUAUUGCUGUGGUCUUUCUACUCCACAAAAUAAUUUUUUCUUUUUGCAGUUGAAAAUUAACUGCAUUAUUAACUAAUUAAUAAAAUAAAUCAAGUGGUAUAAAGGAUUAGUUUACCCUCAAGCCAAUGACUCCAUGGCUACUGAUCUUAGUUAGUUUAGGAUUUUUAAAAAGCAUAUCAGGGCCGGGCGCGGUGGCUCAAGCCUGUAAUCCCAGCACUUUGGGAGGCCGAGGCGGGCGGAUCACGAGGUCAGGAGAUCGAGACCAUCCUGGCUAACACGGUGAAACCCUGUCUCUACUAAAAAUACAAAAAAUUAGCCGGGCGUGUUGGCGGGCGCCUGUAGUCCCAGCUCCUCGGGAGGCUGAGGCAGGAGAAUGGCCUGAACCCGGGAGGUGGAGCUUGCAGUGAGCCGAGAUCGCGCCACUGCACUCCAGCCUGGGUGACACAGCAAGACUCCGUCUCAAAAAAAAAAAAAAAAAAAAAAAAAAAAAAAAAAGCAUAUCAGACCCCCAGUUUCAGGAAUUGACUAUAAAUAUUGCUUCUUGUCACCCGGGGACAGUAAUGCCUUAUAGUGGCACUAGUCACCUUAAGUAGAUAACACAUGGUGGAAGUGAAUAAAGCUGCAUGGGAAUUUGCUUUCAUGAUAUAUUUCAUUUGCAAACUUCCACAUAAUCAAGUUUUAUGUUUAAAACCAUCAGUUCUAUAUAUCUAGCUUUAGGAAGUUGCCCUUACAGGUGAGACCUUUUGUGUUAAUCUGUUUUCUCCCCAGUCAUCUUAUUUGGCUAUGUUAAAAAAAAAAAAAAAAAAAAAAAAAAGAGAGAGCAAGAGAGAGAGAGACGGUGUCUCACUGUGUUGCCCAGGCUGGUCUCGAACUCCUGGCCUCAAGUGAUUUUCCCACCUCAGCUUCCCAAAGUGCUGGAAUCACAGGCAUGAGCCACAGCGCCUGGUCUUAGCUGUGUUUUUAAUUAUGCCAUGCAUCAACAUAACAUCGGACCAUCUUCCUAUCCCUUUUGAGCACAUUUUAAAACAUAUUUUAUAUGCUAAAUUAGGUUAAUUUACCAGAGAUUUAGCUUAGUGUUUUUAAACGCAUUACUCCUAUAGAACAAUGUACAGCUGUACCCAAGGUUGAAAAGAGGUAGCAGGGGAAACAAACUUGUAUAUGGUGAAACCCAUCCCUCUCCUGCCCUCUAAUGGUACGUUUACAUUAUUUGGUUAUUAUACAACGUUUAUAGUGGUAUAAACAGUAUUAUUAAACUGAAGGCAUAAGUUAAAGGAAGUAUGUUACUUUGAGCUGAUGUAGGCUCUUCCACUUUUAUCUGUGUUUUACUUCUUUGGGGACUUUGUAUUGCUAGGACUUCAGAAUACUAACUUUGACACAGCUCCCAGAGAGGUUUGCAAACUUUGGUUUCCCUCUCAAAUCCAUGGUAGCAGUUUCAAAUGAGUUUGUGGAUAAUGGAUGUUUAGUCCUUAUCAUUUGCUGUGUAUUGACAGUUUUUAAUUUGCAGUAUUCACUCACCAACUGUUUUAUUUUAGGAAUAAUGCAAAACCAACCUUUGUCCGGUGAUGAGAAUAGCUGUAUGAUAAGAGAAUUUGCUCAUUGUGCUUUAAAUGAGUAACUGUUUUACCUUUUUUAGUAUUUCAUAGACUUUGCAUGAUAUGGUACACUCCUAAUUAUGCAUUCUUUGGUUUCCAAAUCUUAACCUAAGAUACUUUGUUAACUGACUGGUAGCCUAAGAAAGAGACUUUUCUUCCUGUUUUUCUCUCUCCCCAUUUUUUGGGGUAAGUUUUGCAAAGAUCAGUGCUGUUUCUCAUGACUCUAAAGUAAAGCUCUUUUGGAUAGCACAGCCUAACUUUACAGCUAGACAGAAUGGCUAUUAAGAAUAUUUCCCAAAUCCAAAUUUAUCAAAAUUAUUUUGUGGGAAAUCAUAAAUCUACUUUAUUAAUAUUAUGUGCUUAAUUUUGGACUUAUUUUGGGAACAACUGUUCAAAUUGGGUCCUUUUAAGCUUAUUUUAAGCAGCCUAGAAGAAGCUACUUAGCUAAUGAAAGCUGAGACACUUUAAUAAAAGCAGGAUCUUAAGAGCAUUGUUUUUCCUUAAAAACUUUAUUUUUUUUUUUUUUUUUUUUUUGAGACGGAGUCUCGCACUGUCGCCCAGGCUGGAGUGCAGUGGCGCGAUCUCGGCUCACUGCAAGCUCCGCCUCCCGGGUUCACGCCAUUCUCCUGCCUAAGCCUCUCCGAGUAGCUGGGACUACAGGCACCCGCCACCACACCCGGCUAAUUUUUUUGUAUUUUUAGUAGAGACGGGGUUUCACCAUGGUCUCGAUCUCCUGACCUCAUGAUCCGCCCGCCUCGGCCUCCCAAAGUGCUGGGAUUACAAGCGUGAGCCACCGCGCCCGGCCCCUUAAAAACUUUAUACUCUCAGAUAAUCUGCAACAACAAAAAUUAAGAAAUCCCUCGCUUUUGUAGAAUUCCCACUGUCAAAUUCUCACUGACUUACGAGUGUGAGAAAAGUUAUGUUUUGUUUGAAUUCUGAUAGAACAGUUUAACUCCUUUCUAAGGAUAUAAAAAAUUCAUUGCCAAGUGUGUAUAUUUCAAAGACUCUCAAUUAUCUGUACUGAAGGCACUGUUCUCACUAUGGCCAGAUGAAUGGGAGUAUUCUGUACAUGAAUCAUGCUAUAUUUUAAAUCAGGACAUCACUUAAGUAUUAAUGUUGUGUGUACAGAUUUUUGUUUUGGGAUUUUUUUUUUUGCCUAAAUAAAUGUUAUAAAUUUUA